AUGAAACUAGACGUUAUCGGUGGCCAGGCUACCAGGCUAUCUUUAAACCAAAAACCAGUGAAGCUAGAUUUAGCAGCGUUACUGAAGAAUAGGAAAGAGAGAGAAGAAGCAUCCGCUAGUACUUCUAAUGGCAUUUUGGAACCACUUCCCGCUUCACAAGACCAAAUGCAACAUACCAGUGAUGAGGAAAAUGAUAGCGAAUUCGACCUCAGUCAGACUUUUGAAACCAAUUCCUUGAAUUCAAACUCUACUGUUUCCUCAAAUGCUGAUGAUUCAAGUCAAAGUGGGUCACAAAGCGGGUCCAGUCAAAGUGGGUCGAGUCGAAGUAGGUCAACUCAAAAUAGGUCAACUCAAAGUGGAUCAAGUCGAAGUGGAUCAAGUCGAAGUGGAUCAAGUCGAAGUGGAUCAUCAAGUCAAAGUGGAUCAUCAAGUCAAAGUGGAUCAUCAAGUCAAAGUGGAUCAUCAAGUCAAAGUGGAUCAUCAAGUCAAAGUGGUUCAAACCCAGGUCGGCCAACCGUGAGAGAACUAUUAAAUGAAAUGAAAAAAACUCAAAUUAAAGUAUCGAUUAACAAUGGAACAGACCUUUCUGGCAUUACCUUUGACAAUCUCCAAAACAGCGAGAUAGACGUAAGUGACGAAGAAAAACUAGCGAGAAUCCACGAAUUAAUUAAAGAGAAGUAUAGAUGGGCCUCAGAAAACAUUUACGACGUUAGUAAAUAUUGUCAUGCAUCUGGAGGUGAAUGUACAAACCCUCAUUGCCCUGGAAUGUACCGUAGGUCAACUCCUUCAACAUCGAAUACAUCUGAUUCUACGCAAGAAAGUACAGCUGGACCUAGUACAUCCGAAUAUACUACUCCAUCCACACUUUUGACGAAUACAGAAAAUGGGACUGAGACUAACAGUUCUGAGCCAGUUGGUAGAAUAAUCAAACAUUUAGUUUCCAUUCGCAGGAACAGAAGCGGUAACUGCGAGGAUGAUGCUCGCCGUCGAGAGGAAAAUAGAAAUCUCUUGACCAACCUCAAAACACACCAACUGCUCAAAAAGUUUGCUUUGCAAAAUGAGCUUAUUAAUGAAAGCUCGAAGGCUGUUAAUGUAUGCAGGACGUAUCCCGACUUCUUUGAACCGCAAGUCAUCAUCGAAUCGGAAAAAAUUUUAUUGUUAGCAACUAUAAGAAAAGAGGCUAUAAAGAAGGAACUACAAAGACUAGAAAUUAAUGAUGAAGAUAACUUAACAUCCGGUACAUUCAAAAUUCAAAACAUAUCCCUUUACACCAAAAAGGUGGAUCCUAGAGUCUUUCAGCAGUGUAAGAUCUAUUACGUUUGCGUGGUUCACCAUGGAGCAAUGGUAUAUUCAACAAAAACUGUUCGGCAGUAUGGUAAUUGCAUAAUUAGAUUUGAAAAUAUUUUUACUUUCGAAAAUAUCAAUUCAGAUUUCGAAGUAAGAGUUAGUAUUUACGGACUUCAGCAAGAGAGUAGACCUUCAGUAUGGCCACCAAAGGUUAAGGGACAACUCUUACCUUUGCCUAACGUUGUCAAGAAGUCACUUUUCGAACUAUGGGGUACACGCACCGUAAAACCGUCUCAAAGAAAUUAUAAUGUAUACGACCUCCUCCAUACUCCUUUGGACGUACCUAUGGUUAGUACGUUCAGAGCUGCCGUUACUAUAGAUUUCAAUAUCAAUGUUAAAGAGACAGGGUACCUCGCGUUAGGUCUUUCAGUCCAAGGAUACAUCCUUUGGGAAGAAAAGUGGUGUACGCUGGAAGGCUGUAUCCUAAAAUAUUGGAACUUCAAACUAGAAGAAAACACUUGUGUUCCAGAAGGUGAGAUAGAUUUAAAAAAUUGUGUUUCAUACGAGUUUACUGAUGUUGACGAGGAAAUCUGCCCAAAUCCCACAACCUUGGGUAUAAGUGUUAAAGAUGAAUUUAACAACUAUAAAUACUAUUUAUUAUCCACUGAAAACCUAAAGGACUUCGAAAAAUGGACCCACAGAGCACGAUACAUUACAAGUAUUUGGUUGAACGCCUAUAAAGAAAAUCCAACAGAUCUGGUUAUUGAACCAAAUCGUUGGGAACUUGCUGAAGAUAACACAUAUAAAUUCAAAUGGUUUGAAGGGUCUUAA